UCUGGGAGCACUGCCCAGGCCGGAAGUCGCCUCGCCGCCGCUUCCUCACGCGAAGGCGUGGCGCGGGUCGGGUGGUCCCGCCCGAUGGGCGGUUGAGGAAGGAACGGAGCAGCUGCGGGGACCUUCCCCAAGGCUGCGAGGCGGCGGAGGCCGCGCGGGUGGAGGACAGGAGCGCGCGGGGAGGGAUUCGGGACGCACCUGGCAGCCGGGGACCGCGGCCGCUCCUAGGGGCGCCAGAGCGCCGGUGCGCAGGCGUGGAGCGGCCGGGCGGGGGCGAGCCCUUAAAGGGGUAGAGGAUCCGGGAGUCGGCGCAGGACCUGAGGUCCCCGGGGGUCGGGGUGGCCCGCGGCGCUAUGGCUCACGUCAGCUCUCGCAAGCGCUCGAGGAGUCGAAGCCGGUCCCGGGGGCGAGGGUCCGAAAAGAGAAGGAAGAAGAGCAGUAAGGAUGUCCCGAAGAACUGCUCGGCUUCUAGAUCCCAAGACCACAAGGCCAGCACCAUCUCCUCUGGGGCGGAGGCCUCACCUUCUCCCUGCAUCACAGAGAGAAGCAAGCACAAGGCCCGGAGGAGACCACGAUCCAGCUCCUCCUCCUCUUCUUCCAGUUCUUCUAGCUCUUCUUCCUCUUCGUCCUCCUCCUCUUCCUCCAGUGGUGGCCGGAAGAAGCGGGGGAAGCACAAGGACAAGAAGAGGAAGAAGAAGAAGAAGAAGAAAAGGAAGAAGAAGCCGAAGAAGAGAGGCAAGGAGAAGACAAAGGUACAGCAGGGGGAGGCUCUGCCGGGACCCUCGCUGGACCAGUGGCACCGAUCAGCCGAGGAGGAAGAGGACGGCCCAGUCCUGACGGAUGAACAGAAGUCCCGCGUCCAGGCCAUGAAGCCCAUGACCAAGGAGGAGUGGGAUGCUCGGCAGAGUGUCAUCCGCAAGGUGGUGGACCCGGAGACAGGACGCACCAGGCUCAUUAAGGGAGAUGGCGAGGUCUUAGAGGAAAUCGUAACUAAGGAACGACACCGAGAGAUCAACAAGCAAGCUACCCGCGGGGAUGGCCUGGCUUUCCAGAUGCGAGCAGGGCUGUUGCCCUGAGGGCCCUGCUGGCUAAGUGCUGGUGGUGUGGCCUGGAGACUGGCUUCAGAGUGGGCAGCAGGAAGCCCAGUGGGUGCUGUUUGCCUUUCCUCCUGCGGACUGGCCUCUGGCCCAGCCUCCUCUCAGAUGCAGGGGGUGAGGACGGGGUCACUGGCCUCAUCAGCUCCUCCUGCAAGAGCAUCACUUCCCAAAUAUUAAAUGUUCCCUGGUUGGAAA